AUGGCUUCGUUGAAAGAAUCCCUGGCUGGUCCAGGAUAUGUGAUUCUUAACGCCAUUCGUGUUAUCAACAUUGUUGUGUUUCUGGACAUCAUUGCUGCCAGUGCGGUCAUGCUGGUCAAGAUUGACUUGUUAACAGCUUUUUUCUUUUUUGAGGCUGUCUCCCACGUCGCCACUGCAGGCGUUAGUAUAUUCCUGAUUAUCUCCGAGCUUCCCAUUCUCCGCGGUUACUUCGAUCGGAACUGGCCAUUGUUGGGGCAAAACUCUGGGUUCAUCACUUUGGCGAUAGCAAUGCUGAUACUGGGAGUCGGAGUCCUGGGAGACCUGAACACAAAAGCCACCAGCCAGGAAUCUCUUGGGAUGGCAUUCUGGAGGCUUGUGCUCUCUGCUGGCAUUCUAGCCAUGAUCAUGAGCGUGAUCAACGUGGUUGCGAGCUUUAUCUUCGCUGAUAGCGAUCUUGGUGUCAGUGCACGGCAUGUGCGCGUCUAUGGAGCAGUGGCGCCCCAGAAAGUGAUGACGCGAAAUGGCAGCCAACGUUCAUUCCAGCUAAGUAUGAAGAGGGAGGAAACUUUGCCGACCUACAGCCCCCAAAGCUCGAUAAAAAGGCAGAUGUCUAUGCGACAGAAUACGCGAUUUCCCCUGAAGAUUUCUUCGCCCGUCAACCCUAUCAACAUAAAUGAUGCGGCGUCAUCGAAGAAUCUCUCAUCCAGACUCACCACUAACCUCCACAUCCCUUUUAUCAGAAUCAAAUCUGUCCUCAUCUUCUUCGCGCCCAUCAUCAUCCCCCGAGCCAUCAACUACUACCGCACCCUCCGCGUCGCCCUCUCCAGCCGCCCACCACCACGCCCUCUUCCCCAAGAUGCCAGUCGAGCCUUAAACGUCCUCUUCCUCACCAUAACCCUCUUCUUCUGCCUCAGCCUCCCGUUCAACCCGCACGCGCCCAGUCCCAGCAUCUUCACCCUCACCAACUCCCGCCUCACCACAUCAACAGACAUCAUCUUCUCGCGCCUCGCGCGUCUCCGCCCCAAUGAAUCCCUCACGGAAUCCGACACUCUCCUCAAAUCAAAGCUUACCUCCAUCGUCGCCCGCAAGAUAUACCUCCGCUUCGGCCCCGAAACCCUAACCAACUGCGCCUUCUGCUCCCUCGACAACCUCACCACCUACGCUAUCUACCAUCUCCCCUUCAACGUCCUCCUCCCUCACCUCUUCCACAUGGCCACAAUCGGAUUGAUAACGUCCUCAGUUUUCGCCGGCUCCGACGCAAGUAAAUGGCGCAAGGAGUUCUCCAUCAUGGGCAUUGCAUUCGCCCUUCUAGACAUCUACGUGGUCAUGUCCUACGACCCGAUGGCGUACGCGUCCGCGGCUGUGCGCGCAGGCGUAGCAGUCCCGUCUAGCUCAUACUAUCAGAUCGGUCUCUUGCGUCCGCUGCUGUUCGCUAUCUUUGACGGGGUAUGCGCCCUGCUGAUUUGGCUCUCCGCUACACGGAGGUUCUUCUUUACUCCGCCGUCGCAGGCAGAACAGGUCGAGCAGGUUGUGUCUGCGUCAUUGGGGGCACUUUCGGGAUCUACGUCGAAGCUGCAUGCUGUGAGUGUGGCGAGGAAUGCGGUCGUCAGAGAUAAGAUGCUUAGGGACCGGGAUGAAGCGUAUUGGCGCACGGUGGUCGCUAUGAAUGUGGAUAAUCCGGCAAUGAAGGCGGGUUCGGUGGUGAGUGGUGGAGAGAACGGUGAAGAGGAGGGAGGAGUGCCCCCUACAUCGAUCUGGGAGGAGGAGGAAGUUGUCCGCGCGAUGUCUCGGGCGAUGGCGGGUCAGGGGGGUGUUGAUUUGGCGAGGUUGGGGAUGGAUGCGGCGGAGUAUGUUAAUGGUGUUACGGCGGGGUUGGAGGGGAAUUGA